GAAGGCUGAACGACUGAAAUCAACAAGUUCAAAUUAACGUACACUUUUUUAUAUAUUUCUCCGAGUUUUCGAUAUUAUUUUGGGACGAUGAACGUGAACUGGAACUCAGUCAACGAUUGCGCCCACUUCAAUUUCUGGCGCGACUUUCGUGAAGUCUUUGCCGGGGAAGGCAUUGGGCUAUUGAAACUGGUGAACAGUGCCGCAGAUGCCUGGCAGGGUCUAACGCCCAACCAGAAGAAACAGUUCGAGAAGAAAGAGUACGUGGCAGAGCGUGAAGCUGAGUUGAAGCGUGUGAGGAGCGGUGAGUCUGUGUCUGCGGUGUUGGAGCAGAGGAGGAACGCUUUCCGCCAGCUGGCCCUGAGCGGACAGGCCAAGUACGAGGCAGAGUUCAAGAAGGUCAACCUGAAAUGGGACAAGACAGAGUUUGGGGCAGACGGGGCCCAAUGCAAGGGGCACGAUGCGCCGCUGUUCAAUUUUAGAUCCUGUUUUAGCGGCGUCUUCAAACUGUUCUUUGGCAAGUGUCGGCCAAAUCCAAAUGGGCCGCAAUAA